GGCGCUGUCGGCAGGUCGGUGGUUCCCCGCUCGCCGUUGUUUCUCCGCUCUUUGCGGUUCGCGAGGCUGAAGAUGCUGAGCCGUUUGUCAGGUUUAGCAAGUUCUGUUUUGCAAGAGCUGUCAGGUGAUGAUGGAGAUGCAGUUACUGAAGCUGGAGAUUCAGUUACUGAAUCCUCUAUUCCUGUAAAAGCUGUAGAACCAGAAGCAGGAAGCAUGGAGGAGGCACCUGAGGAGCUCUUGGAGCGCCUGGCGCAAACAGAAAAACUGGUUGUUCAGCUGAAGGAUUUGAUCCGAGAAAAGGAUGCCCUGCUCCAGCAAAAAGAAACUGUACUUAAGGAAGAACGAGAAGCUGCAGAUGCCAAGCUGAUGAAGCUUAAACUUCAGGCCAAAGCCAAACUGGCCUCUCUGAACAAACGCAUUGAGGAGCUGGCAGAGAAAGGAUCACCAUUGCCUGCACAGACCUUACCAGAAGAGCAAGUGUGUCCCAAGUGUCAGAAUAACCAAAAUACAAGUGAAAGGCAUAGAGAGGAAGCUGAAGCACUACAAGAACUCCUCAGGGAGCGAGAGGAGACUGUUCAGGAUCUGCAGGAACAGCUGGCUCUAGCCAAAGUGAAUUUGAAAGAUGCUGAAAUCAAAUAUGCAACACAGCUGAGCUCCUUGGAGGAAGUAAUUCAAGAGAAGGAAGCUCUCCUGGAAGAGCAGGUUCACCAGCACCAAGCUGAAUUGCUCAAGAUAGUGGCCCAGUCAGAUCUGGAAGUAGAAGUGCAGCAGAACCUGCGUACACUUCAGAGAAAGCUAGAGGAGCAGGAAGCAGCUCUGCUGGGACGAACUCAGGUGGUAGAAUUGCUGCAACAGGAACUAAGUACUGCUGAACAACAAAACCAGACACUCAUAGGUCAGUGCCAGAAGAUGGAAGUGGACCUAAGUUCCCUGAGGGAUGUCCUAGAGGCAGAGAGACAACAGUCUCGGGAUCUCAGAGAGAAGAUGGAGCUAGAACUAGCUGAGAGGAAGCGGUCCUCCCAUUGCUUGCAGGAGGAGGUGCAAUGUCUCUCAGAGCAGCUGGAAGAAGCAAGAAGAGCACAAACUGAAUUAGAGGCGAAGUGUAAAGACCUGGAGCAGGAGCAAAGGCUGGAGGUGGAAGAGAAAAACCUGCAGAUCAGUUGUCUUAGAGUGGCUGAACAAGAGCUGCAAUCUAGCCAUGCUGCCCUUGUAGCUGAAAAUGACCGGCUGAAACAGGAUGUUGACCGGCUGUUGGUGCUGUCUGCCAACAAUAGUGCUACAAUACAGAAACUACAGGAUGAACUUGUACAGAAAUCUGAAGAAUUUGUCUGCUGUCAGAAUGAGCUGAAAUCCCAGUCAGUAGUGCAGGUCUCCAAAUUGGAGAAACAGGAUGAAACAACUUCACAGGAAAAAAUAAUAGAUCAGGAAGAUCAGAAAGGGACUUCACUUCUACCCACGGAAAACUUGGGAAGACAGGAGGCUGAAGGUGAAAUACCAAACUUUCAACUUGUUCUCCAGGAGCCUCAGCAAGGAGCUGUGAUGGUCACAGAAAAUGCAAAGCAGAACAAAAAAGUUGGACCUGAGGUGAAAUUGCAAGACCUGCAGACUCUGGAAGCUCCAGCCUCUUACAUAGACUGCUCUUCUACAGGUGUGUCAGAAGUGCUGGUGAAUUCUGAAGUGCAAAAGCCUUUUGAUGACACUUCAGUGCUCCCUGAGGCAAGAACAGAUGCCUUUCCCAAUGGAAGUGAGCAGUUUACUGAGGAAAGUUGUCCACCUGAAAUUCUAGAAUAUCUUGCUGCAGAGAAACAGAAAGAACUGUCAGGUUUGCUGCUGGAACUGAAAGAAGCCCAAGAAGAAAUAAAUUUUCUGAAAAGGCAGCUCAAGGGCCCAAAUGGUCCAACUUCUACAGGUAACCAAACAGGAGAAGGUAAUUCCCAGAUACGGUUUCUUGAGGGGGAAGAACAAAAGGCUUCAGAUACACAAAAUGAGUUUGGCAGUAGCUCAUUACUGAGAGAAAUAGAAAUUGGAGUGCUUCAGGAAACCAGAAUCGAUCUUCAAGAAGUGCCCCAGGGGAGUACUGUCCCCUGCAGAGAGGAGAUAGAGGCAAUGCAAGAGUCUACAGCAGAUCCAGAGCCUGGCAUCUCUCAAUCUCAAGAACUGAUCAAGUUGCAAAACCAAACUAGCGAACUGCAAAUAGUUCUGCAGAAAUCAGAAGAAUCUUAUAAGAAAGAUCUAGGAGAAAAAGAUGCAGAAAUAAAUAGGCUUAACCAGUUGGCUGAGGAAUACAGAAAAAAAAUAGAGGAUUCUGACAGUGCAUUUUGUGUUUUGAUUGAAGAACGAGAUCAGCUCCUGUGUCAGAUGAAGGAACUUUCUACCAUAACAGAACUGAAAGAGCAAGUGAGGCAACUUGAGGACAAUCUAGCUCUUUCAGAAAAGCAGAGACUGUCAGACAGUCAAAGCAGUCUUCUCAGAGAACAAAUCCAGAGCCUUAGAAAUGAAUUUAAAUCCAAGGAGAUAAAAAUUGAAGCUUUGCAAAAAGACUUGGAUGAAGCACAACUUCAGCUUUCUGACCAGGACGUGCAACUAAAACGUCUGAGAAGCCAGAUUGAGAAGAAAGAAUGUGAAGUACUUGAUCUAGAACAGCUUUUGAGGAAGAGUACAGCUGAGAUAAAAGAACUUUGCCAAAACUUAGCCUCAAAGGGGCAAGAAGCAGCAAGUCUAGAACAGCUUGUUGCUGAACACACCAGCUCCAUAGAGAGCCUGCAAAAAGCUUUGCUGGAGAAAGACCAACAGAUGACAGAGAUCAGUGUCAGCAUGUCUGAUAAAAUGGUUCUGCUGAAUGAAGAGAAAUUUUCUCUAGGAAAUGAGCUGAAGAGUCUGAAAGAGCAAAGGAGUCUGUUACUAAAGUAUCAGGAAGAAAAAGACCAAAACAUAGAAGCAAAAGAUAUAUGUCUGAAAUGUGGGACAUCUGAGCACCAGUAUGAGACAGAGGCAGUGUGUAAAGACACUGAGGUGUUAGUAAAUAAAGUUGAACUUCUGAAAAAAGAAAACGAGCAAGUAAAGCGGAAGUUGCAAGCAGCACUUGCUAACAGGAAGGAGCUUCUGAAGAAAGUUAGCAAACUGGAGAAUGAGUUAGUACACUUGCAAAGAGAACAUGAAUUGGAACCCUCAGUGACUCAAGCAGCUGAAGGGGAAGAAAAUUCAACAAGUGUGAUAAGCAGAGAAGUGAAUAUUGGAAACCAGCCCAGUAUAGAUUAUCUAAGUCAGCUGCUUUCUGAAAAGGAAUCUGAGUUGCAGAGCAUCCGGAAAGACCUGCGAGAUAAAGAAACAACUGAAGCACAAUUGCAGGCAGUGAUUGAGGAGAUGAGGCGAAGCUUGCAAGGUAGGACAAACAUUGUUCCAGUUAAAGAUGAAAUCAUGGGGAGUCAGACAAUUGCUGACAAAAAUGUUGAGACCAAUAAAAGCCCAAAAGAUAAUGAAGAAAAUGAAAAAAAUACUUCAGAAGUUAAAAAUCUUGAAGAAAACCAAAAGUCUGCUCUGAAAGAGAGAAUUUCAGCUCUUGAACAAGAAAAAGAACAACUUCAAAAAAAACUUCAGGAAGCUCUGGCAUCUCGCAAAGACACUAUAAAAAAAGCUCAAGAAAAAGACAGGCAUCACAGAGAACAGCUGAAACAGCAGAAAGAUGAUUACAACAUCCUACAAGAAAAAUUUGAUAAGCAAAGCAAAGAGAAAGAGAGCAUCCAAGCUCAGCUCAGACAACUCCAAGAACAGAAAGGAUCAAGAGAGAGUGUUCUUUUAAAUCCAGGAGGGUUGGAUUCUUCAUGCACAGAAGCAGAAAAUACAACAAAUAACAAGCUUGUACAAGUUGCAGAUGUUUCUGGGGAAGAGGAAAAACUUGAAAAAUUGUGGAUGAAGAAGGAAGAAUUGGAAUAUAAUCUUAGCCAUAUGCAAAGUGAACUUGCUUGCAAAUCAGAAUUAGUCUUUCAUUUGCAAGAGCACACAGCACAGUUGUUUCUGGAGAUAGAAAGGCUGAAGAGAACCUCUGAUCAAGCUGAGGCUAAAGCAGCAAGUCUUCAGGCAGAAUUGGAGAUGAGUCGAGCAAAAAUUUCGAGAGAGGGCAGUCUGGAAGACCUGAAAACACUUAUACACAAAAAGGAUGAAGAAAUUGAAUUUCUUAAUUUGCAGUUAAGGGAGAAAAGUGAGGCUCUCAGUAAUGUGCAGGCACAGUUGCUGGAAAAAGAGGAUUCAGUCAAGAAACUAUGUAGUCAAUUGGAAACUCAAGCUCAGGUACAUGAGGAGCAAAGCAAGCGACUGCAAACAGAGUUACUUGAAAUUCAGGAGAAGCAAGAUGAUCGUGCAGAAGCAGCUAAACAGAAGAAUCAAAUGCAGAGAAAGUUGCAAGCUGCACUUAUCUCUAGAAAAGAGGCACUAAAGGAGAGCAGAUCUCUAAAAGAGGAGCUGGCUAAUGCAAAAAUUACUAUUGAAAAUCUUUGUGUCAAGUUGACAAAUAUGGAAAGCCAAAUAUGUGGCCACGUUAAAGAAAGGGAUACUUUAACAGAAAAGUUAGCAGGCCUCACUGAAGAGCGAGAAAAACUUAUUGCAGAAGUUGAUAAAGUACUUACAGAAAAUCAGAAUCUUGAUGGAUGCUGUAAAAACCUGACAUUUACUCUGGAUAAAGUUGUUUUAGAGAAGGAGAAGCUGGAGAAGGAGAUGGGAUCCUUGAAAUGCUUUCAAGCUGCUGAGUGUUCUGAGUGGCAUGAGAAAUACAGGGAGCUUCAGAAAGAAUAUGAAACUCUCCUGCAGUCCUAUGAGAAUGUGAGUAAUGAGGCUGAGCGGAUUCAGCAUGUUUUGGAAACUGUUAGGCAGGAAAAACAGGAAAUCUUCAUUAAGUUGAAAAGCGUUGAAGCAAAAAAAGAAGAAACAGAUAAGCAGCUACAGGAAGCUGGACAAGAAAUUGAUGGAAUGAAGGAGAAAAUGAGGAAAUUUGCAAAAUCAAAGCAGCUAAAGAUCCUGGAACUAGAGGAGGAGAAUGAGAAGCUUAGAGCAGAGAUGCAUUUUACAGAUGGAGAGCCACACAGGACUGUAGAUGUCGUUACAAACGCUAACAUGAAAGAAGAUCUGGAGAGCUCUAGGAGGGAUUACCAGUCUCUUUCUACUCAGCUUGAGACAGUAAUGGCUGAAAAGAAGUCUCUUAGUCAAGAGAUCACAGACUUAAAGCGUCAGUUGCAGUUAGCAGAAUCUAAGCUGAAGGAAAGCAGAGAACUGUUAGACAAGUAUGUUUCUCAGAAGACAAUAGAGGAAGAAACAAAUGAGGCAGUUCUCACACCACCACCAGUGGAGAGGACUGAAAAUCAAGUGGACAUAAGUUUUAGACCAGAGUCGUCUCCUGCAGAGCUGGAACAAAAUGCAAUUGGAGGUAGUAGUACUUGUGAAGAUCUUGGUACCUACAUACAGCAGAUAGCUGAGCUCACAAAGCGAAUCACGGAACUAGAAGAUAAUAGGAGGGCUUCAGAGCAACAGCUGGAUGACAUCCACGUGUGUGCUGAGACUUUAGCAGGUGAGAAAAGGGCUUUAGAGACCCAAAUGGAAGAGAAAGUCCAUGAAUUGAAUGCUUUUCAGGACACAGUUGCAAAGAUGGAACAAACAGUCCAAAAAGCCAAAGAUGACCUCAUCAGGAUGACAGAACUGAAGGACACACUACAGGCUGAGAAGGAUGAUUUGGAAGAAAGGCUCAUGAAUCAACUGGCAGAACUUAAUGGCAGUAUUGGAAACUAUCAGCAGGAUGCAAAAGACUUGCAGAUCAAAAAUGAGCAACUGCAACAUGAGCUUCAGGGUUUGCAGAGAAUGGUGCAUGAACUGGAGGAGGAGAAAUGUCAGAUGGCAAAGGAGAACAGUAAAGCAAGUUCAGAAAAGCAAAAGGAAUUUGUAGAAAAGUUAAAAUGCAGUUGGAGGGGAGACAGCAGCACAUAUGUAAAGGAACUUCAGGAACUGCUGAAACAGAAACAGCAGGAGAUUAAGCAGCUGCAGAAGGACUGUAUUAAAAGCCAGGAAAAGAACAGUAGUUUAGAAAGAACUGUUAAAGCUCUGGAAUUUCUGCAGAGUGAGUCUCAGAAAGAGAUAGAAGCAGCCAAGGAGACUUUAGCUAAAGCAGUUCAAGACACUAAGAAAGCCCAGGCAGAACUUGCUCUCUGCAGAGUAGUACUGGAUGACACCCAGAGUGAGGCAGCAAGGGUUCUAGCAGAGAGUGCCAAAGUGAAAGAAGAGUUGCAGGCAAACAAAGAGAAUAUUAAAAUUCAAAUGAAGAAAAAAGAUGAAGACUUUGAGAGAAGACUGGAGCAGGAAAAAGACAAGCACUCAAAAGAAAUUAAAAGUGUGGAAGAAAAGCUAGCAGCUUUGCAGAGGGAGAAGGACUACCUGGAAACGACUGUUUGUGAUCUUCAAAACUCAUUGAAGACAAAGGAUCAAGAAGCCAAGCAAUUGGAAGGCAACCUAAACAAAACACUAGCCCAGCUUGCAGCCUUCACCAGGAGCAUGUCUUCCCUUCAGGAUGACAGGGAUAGAGUAAUAGAUGAAUCAAAAACAUGGGAGAAAAAAUUCACUGAAACUAUUCAAAAGAAGGAGGAAGAAAUACGUUCAAAAGAGGAAACUUGUGUUGCUCUAAAGGACCAAAUGAAGCAGAUGACCAUACAUGUGGAAGAACUUCAGACUCAUAUAUCCAGGCUGGAACGCAACAAGAAAGACUGGGAGUCUGAAUCCGGGAAGGAGAUUCAGCAUCAUCAAAAGACAUGUGAAAUGUUAGAGGAGGAAAAAAAGGAGCUUUUGACUCAGCUUGAAGGAUCUCAAAAACUGUACAGCAAGUCUCAAAAUGAACAGCAAAAAUUGGAGUCAGAAAUCAGCAGCCUAAGAGACCAGCUUGCUGACUUACAGAAUUUCUUCACCAAAUGUGAAUCAGUCAGAGAAGAGCUGGGGAGCAUGGUUAAGCAACAAGAGGCCAGUAUCCAGAAUUUCAAAUUCACCUGUGAACAGCUUGAGGGUGAUCUGCAAGCUUCCAAGGAUCUAACAAAUAAGCUGUAUGAAGAAAUUAGUGCCAAAGAUCAAAAGAUCAUUAGUUUGCUGUCUGCCAAGGAGGAAGCAGUUAUGGCUGCUCUAUCUGAAUUACAGCAGCUACAUUCUGAAGAAAUGAAUGAGUUGGAGCAGAGACUACAUAAGGAGGAAGAAGAUAAAAAAGCGCUGGAAAAUGAGAAGAACAAAUUUCUUGACAAACUUGACUGUCUCACUGAAAAGAUGAAAAUAAGCAGAGAAGAAAGUAAGCAGCAGAAGGCACAACUGGACUCUUUCACUAAGUCCAUGUUAUCUUUGCAAGAUGACAGAGACCGCAUUCUGAGAGACUACAAGCAACUUGAGGAACGUCAUCUUACUAUAAUCUUGGAAAAAGACCAGCUAAUUCAAGAGGCAGCUGCUGAAAACAAUAAGCUUAAGGAAGAAAUUAGAAGUUUUCAUAGCCGGAUGGAUGACCUAAACUCUGAGAAUGCCAAGCUGAAAGCAGAAUUGGUGAGGUAUAGAGAAGACUUGAACCAAGUGAUUUCGAUAAAGGACUGCCAACAGAAACAACUUCUCAAAACACAGCUUCAGCGGAGCCAGACUCUGGAAAAGGAGAAGGUAAUCAUAGAAAUACAGCUGAAAGAGUCUGAGCAUGUUCAGGAUGAUCUCAGGAAGUGCAUGGAAGCUUUGAGAGAGGAUAAAGUCAGUAUGUUGCAAGAGAUUGAAACCCUUACAUCCUCUCUGUCUCAGGUGCAGAAUGAGGUGACAGCAUUACGUGAGGGAAGUCCUAUCAUGGAUUAUCAAGCCCAACUGAAGGCCCGAGAGGAAGAGGCACAAGAGCUGACUCAUAAGCUUUCCCUCUCUCAUAAAAGGAUAACAGAACUUGAGGCAGAACUAGUAUCUGUUCAGAGGGAUGCAGCCAAGAGAGUGGGAGAGGCUGAGGACAGGCUUCGGAAGGAAUUGAAGCACCUACAUCAUGAUGCAGGGAUAAUGAGGAAUGAAACAGAAACAGCAGAAGAGAGAGUAGCAGAGUUGGCAAGGGACUUGAUGGAAAUGGAACAGAAACUUCUUGCGGUCACAGAUGAAAACAAAGAUCUCAGAGCUCAAAUUCAGUCUUUUGGGAAGUCCAUGAGCUCUCUUCAGGAUAGCUGGGACCAGGCCAACGAAGAGCUUCAUGUUUUGAAACAGAAAUACUCUGCAGAUUUAGAGGAACAAAAGACUCUAGUGCAAAAUCUUCAGAAAGAGGUGAUUCAUCUACAAGAGGAGCAACAUUUCACUGCCAGGGACCGAGAUACGGCAAGGUCUGAGCUGGCAGAACUGCAGAAAGCCACUGAGGAAAGAGGUCUUUUGGCUGAGAUUGGGAAACUUAAUCAGAAGCUCAGAGCAAAAGAUGAUGAGCUUCUCCAGUUGUCUUCAGAACUGGAAAGCUCUUCCGACCAAAUCAAAUCUUUCUCCAAGGCUAUGGCAAGCCUGCAGAAUGAGCGAGACUGUCUGCUGAAUGAAUUGAAAACACGUAAGAUUGAAGAAGCGAAGCAAAAAGCAGAAGGGAGCACUUCCACCGCUCCUUCAGAAGUGCAGAGUCUUAAGAAGGCAUUGUCCUCCUUGCAGAAUGACAGAGACAGAGUAGUAAGAGAGUUGAAGAAUCUGCAGCAGCAAUACAUCCUCAUUGGGGUAGAAUCAGCUGAAAAUUCUCGCUUAAAAGCACAACUGCAGGAAUACCAGCAAGAGGCAGAUAAACAGCGCUGUCUCCAAGAACAGCUGAAGCAAGAAAGUAUUUCCUACCAGCAGGAGAUCCAUCAGCUUAGACAAGAGAAAACUACCUGGGAAAAGCAGAACAGCAGCAUAAAGGAGCAGUACCUGAUGGUCAUAGCAGAAAAAGACAAGCAACUAAGCCAUUUACAAAGAAUUAUGCAAGAAAUGGGACGGCCCCUCAACAAGUCUCAAGUUGUAGAGGAGCAGUACCAAACAAAGAUUUCUUCAGAAACUCUGAGAGGGGACUUCUCAAGCCUUGAAACGGAGACAAAACAUCUCCAGGCCCAGCUAAGUGACAGCCUGAAAGAACUGCACCAAAAAGAGCUCAGAAUUCAGCAGUUAAACAGCAAGCUGUCUCAGGUCUUUGAGGAGAAAAAUGCCCUCUCCCUCCAGUUGCGUGGUAGCAGUCGGAGCAUCUGUGAGAGUCAUCAGCACUACAGUGAGGUUCUAAACCGCUGCUUGGUGCUUGAGAGGCAGCUCCAGGAGCUGCAGUCUGCAGACAAGGGCAUGGAGUUGUUUGCAACAGAUGCUGCUCCAGGAGCACCCCAAGAAAAGAAUGAGCCCCAGAGAGGCAGUUACACACCAGAACUGCAGGAGCUGCAGCUGAGGUUGUCUGAAACAGAACAUUUACAUAGCAGCACAAAGCAGGAUAUGAGGUAUUUGGAGGAGCAGCUAGAGGAAGAACGGGACCGUCGUCUUGCUGUGGAGGAGGUGCUCUCUGCAGCACAGGAUCAGAUCAGGAGGUUGCAGUCAAGUGAGUGGACGUCUUCCCUAAGUGCUAGCAUUGAUGUGACUCCAAGUCAAGAGCAUUCCUUGCUGAUUGACUCCAUGGAUAAUUUUAGCAAAAUGAAGCCCUGCUGAAGAGUUUGCACCCUGGUCUCUUCAAGACUUGGGGGUGAUGCUCUCAAGAGCAGCAUCAGCAGAAUUAUGACACGAGCAAUAACUGGAUGCUGUUCUGUGCUCAUGCUUGGGGUUUGUUACCAGAAUAGACAGUUUUUUCUUUCUACUGGAACUUUGCCAGUUGAUGUUACACUGACUCCUGGAAGAGGCCCCGUAGAAUAACGUCCAUCUACAGCAGCUGGUUCAACAGCUUCAGAAGUCCUUUUGCUGCAAGUGUGAAACAACACAUAAUCAUUUUCUUCUUUUAGGCCAGAUUCCUAGUAGCUCAAGGCUCUAGCAGAGAAGUACCAUUGAGCCAUUUGUUUAUAUUUCACUUGGAGGGCCUAGAAAUUCAUAGAGACCAAGUGUUAAAGGGAGAUGUUCUGCAUUCUGCUGCCUUUUCUCAAGCAGAAUUGGAGAGAGCUGGUUCAUGAGAAACCUGCAGAGAGCAGGGAAAGGGGAAUAUUUCACAGAGGAUUUGCUCUAGAGGUCAAAUCUGGCAGUGGAACAGAUUUGGGAAGGUUCAUGCUCAUUAACCUUCAUGGUCUGGAGAGCUCUGGGUGAAGGCAGCUGGGGACAUAUCCAUUCCUGGUACUGACUGGUCUCUCUUCUACUCUUCCAGACUCGGAAUAUCCUUGGACUACGACGCCUGUUACGCUCUCUCUUCCGUUCUAGGACCCACUUGCCUCUGCUAGUGGCCAUGUAUCUGCUUGCUCUCCAUGUCCUUCUCUUCCUGUGCUUUACAGGCCACCUAUGAACAGGAAUAACAGCCUUUUCUGGAGCCACAACCCUCUGUGUAAUGAGGGUCUGCAUUCUCUAUUGACAUGGUAGCACUUCACCCAACUGCCUUCUUUUUCCAAGUCAGCUCGUAAGGAGUAGCUGCACACAGCAGCUUGCACCUAGGUUGCUUGCUGUCUAAGUAUGCAGCAGCCAGUGCCGAUGCUUGGGACCUGUUUCCAGGACAUCUGCCAUUCCUUCGGUGUUUUAAAUGAGUGGUAUGUUUUCUAAGCCAGGGUCCUCAUGCUACAAGCUUCAAGGAUAGAAUUUCUUCCUAUAGCUGGAGGUAGCACCACCCAUUUUAGAUAGUAUUGUGCUGUGGUAGCAAUAAGAAAAAUAUUGAGUUGCUGCAGUACUACACCGCUUCUAGGAACUGCAGAAUCUUCCCCCUCUUAGACCGGUCAGUAAGUUGGGUUGGGGAAACCCUGUAGCUAGAUACAAGAGUGAGCAGCUUCUUCCUUCUCUUCCAUCCCUUAGAUUUGCUCCGUGUCUCAGUGCUGCUUGAAAUGCAUAUCCUAAGGAAGUUGUGGAUGCUUUAAGGAACAUGAAUUGAAUUUGAAAAUUGUGAUUCCUGCCCAGUUGCAUCUCCUGUUGAAAAAAGGCCAAAAUUAGUGUAUCUGGACCUGCUGAGCAUUCCAUGUAGAAGCAGUCAUAUAUCUGCCCUGACAAGCUUGUAAAAUAACAUCAGUAAUUUAGUUAUUGAAAAGGAAUAGGAAACAAACUUUUUAGCCCUAAGUUAAUAACCUUGCCAGUUAAAGCAUUUGUGCACCUCACAUGAUGGAAGGUGCUUGCAUACCUCUAGAAAUCAGAGCUUCCAUGCUCCAGCAUUCUAAUCCACUGAACCCUUGCCACAAGAUUAAAGCUGUACAGGCUGUGCUUAAGGGUUCCAUAAUGCAGAAUGUGGGCCCAAAUCAAAAGCAGAAGCUCCAGAAAUAAACUGUUCCCCCUAUGCUGAGGAGCGGACUACAAUUUCAGAACCUUCUGACAUCUCUGCUUUAGGAAAAGCCUCUUGUAGAAAGCUAGUGCUGGUCAUUGGACUUGUUUGAAUCUAAAGCAAAUGGAUGUAAAUGAACUUGACCUUACAGGAUAUAUGGAAAGCUGACUUUUCUAAAGAACUCCUGAAUAUGUCGUAGAAUUGAGACCACCCUGUUCCAAGGGGAGAAUGCUGAAUACGAAGAAGAUAGUUCCAGUCAAGUUCCCUGUCGAGAGACCAAGUGGUCAUUCUGUUCAGAGUACUUGCUAGAAGGAUUCUAUCUGCCUCUUACUAUAGUAUUAACAGUCUUGUUUUUCCCAUGGGAAAGAGGUAAUUCUUCUGAUAUUGCUGGUAAAGAAAGAUUCUCUAGCCAGUAAACAAAGCCUGUUUGAGAAUGGGAUGAUUUCAUCACGGUAAAAUAACUGGAUUUCUGGCAGGUCCAGAACAUUGGUAUUAUGUAUUCAUUUGUGCACUACCCUUGAUUAUCUGUGUGGACUUCCUCAACUAUAUAAAAUUCAGAGACCAAAUACUUUGCCUAUAGCUUCCUGGGACAUAUAUAUAUAAUAAAGAUUAUUUUUCAGAUGCAA